AGUGUCUGUGGACAUCCGAACGAUAUGGGGCGCUGUGCCCCCAUAGCUAUAGGUCAUCGUGCUUACUUUGGUUCUCGGUCUUGCGUCUUGUCUUGCACUAUGAUAUUUCAGCUGGGAGUGGGAGCAGAGACGCCGAGGAAAUGGCCGUGACUAUAACAUUCAGUGAAAGUAUUAGUGUGUGAGGUGCUUUCUCUGGUGAAAUACGUCGAGUCGAAGCGGUCUACAUCUGGACACUGGAGAGAAAUUUAACCGGGCGGCUAUACAUUCAAUCAGGGCUCAACAUUAGCCCGCUCGGUAGCUAAUAAGGCGGUAGCCGACCAUCAGCUAGUUUAUAGCCAAGCUAAGCGGAGUUAGCCACAUGUGACCGCAUAAUAAUGAAUAAAGUCAAACCCAGCUCAUGGUUUUAAAAUGCUUCUGCAGGGCAUUAUAUACCUUGUUGAAGGGGGCGCUUGACAUCUUAUGCCGCCGAGACGGGAUGUGUGAAGGGUUUACGGCUAACAGGCCACGACAUGGGGCCAACUCGCAAGGGAGCGUAUUCGGGGGGGUCUUGUAAAAGCGAUCUUUAGUCCUUCAUCCCCGAACAUCACUGUCAAAACGUGAUCCCGAGGCGGCCUGUUACUCUCUAGUCUCUUUUACCUGGUCUGUCUGUUAGGUUGAAGCUAUUUGUCUUAGGGAUUGAAAUCACUGGGUAGGUUUGGUUGAUCACGCGUGGAGGAAAGCUUAUUUUCAUAACAUUUUUUUUUUAAACACUGGGUGGAUUUCUGUUGAUGUCACUACUCACCAAUCAUUUGGCAAGCUGGCCGGCUAGUUAUCAACCGUUAUCAACCUAGUUCUCUGUGAGUGGGUGAUAUAGUAAGUUUAUAACUAACUGCGUCGUACCCCGCCACCAAGAUGUCAGAAAAUCAGGGCAACGGGAACAACAACAACCCGCUGAACAAUAACAACGCAGGGCCGAACCGAAUACGGAACCAGAACAUCAACCAGAACCCACUGAUCAACGUGCGGGACCGGCUGUUCCACGCACUCUUCUUUAAGAUGGCAGUGACCUACGCCAGGCUCUUCCCACCGUCUUUCAGGAGGAUCUUUGAGUUUCUGGUCCUCUUAAAGGCGCUCUUUGUGCUCUUCAUCCUGGCCUACAUCCACAUCGCCUUCUCCCGCUCGCCCAUCAACUGCCUGGAGCAUGUGAGGGAGAAGUGGCCCCGUGACGGCAUCCUGCGUGUGGAGAUCCAGCGCAACUCCAGCCGUGCGCCCAUCUUCCUGCAGUUCUACGAAGCUGACAGCCUGCAGGGUCUCGUAAAGGAGCCAGAAGGUGAAGCCAUGGGGCUGGGGGCCCUGCACCAAGAGGAGGAGGAGGAGGAGGAGAUGAGCGUGGAGAUGUUCGACAACAGCUCCGUGCAGUUUGAGCUGGACAUGGAGCCCCGGCUGAACCCCCCACUGAGCCGUGGCAGCACCCCCGGCUUGGGGCUGAACGACACGCAGGACCUCUCCUUCAGCCCGGCUCCCACUAAAGGUAUGCAGCCUCUGGGGGACGCCGUCUCCGAGAUUGAGAUGCUGACGCGAGCAGUGUGGCCACAGGAAGAGUACAUCGUGGAGUACUCCCUAGAGUACGGCUUCCUUCGUCUGUCCCAGAGUACGCGGCAGCGCCUGAACAUCCCUGUCAUGGUGGUCACACUAGACCCCAUGAAGGCCCAGUGUUUCGGCGACGGCUUCAGCCGCUUCCUACUGGAUGAAUUCCUAGGUUAUGACGACAUCCUGAUGUCCAGCGUGAAGGCCUUGGCUGAAAACGAGGAAAACAAAGGGUUCCUGAGAAACGUGGUAUCUGGCGAGCACUACCGCUUUGUCAGCAUGUGGAUGGCCCGCACCUCCUACUUGGCUGCCUUCGUCAUCAUGGUCAUCUUCACGCUGUCCGUCUCCAUGCUGCUUCGCUACUCGCACCACCAGAUCUUCGUCUUCAUAGGUGAGUUAGCAUCUCCUAGGUUUCCAUGUGUUCCCGCUGUGGGUGGACGGCUCACCGUACUCUCCUUUCUGCCCCCCCCCCCCCCCCCAGUGGACCUGCUGCAGAUGCUGGAGAUGAACAUGACCAUCGCCUUCCCAGCAGCCCCUCUGCUCACCGUCAUUCUCGCCCUUGUUGGAAUGGAGGCCAUCAUGUCGGAGUUCUUCAAUGACACUACCACGGCCUUCUACAUCAUCCUCAUCGUGUGGCUGGCUGAUCAGUAUGACGCCAUCUGCUGUCACACCAACACCAGCAAGCGCCACUGGCUGAGGUUCUUCUACUUGUACCACUUUGCUUUCUACGCUUACCACUACCGCUUCAACGGACAGUACAGCAGCCUGGCCCUGGUCACCUCCUGGCUCUUCAUACAGCACUCCAUGAUCUACUUCUUCCACCACUACGAGCUGCCUGCCAUCCUGCAGCAGAUCCGUAUCCAGGAGAUGCUGCUGCAGAACCAGCAGGCAGGCCAGGGCAACCAGACCACACUGCAGGACAACCUGAACAACAAUGGUGGAGACCAUGCCGCCACCCCUGCCAAUGGCCAGCUGCAUGUGCCCCCUGAGGCUCCGGCCCGCCCCGGUGCCCCUCCAGCACCUACCCGCGACCUGGACUGGGUAGCCGAAACUGCUGCCAUUAUCACAGAGGCGCUGGGGGGGGCUCCCUCAGAGGCCGAUGAGCCACGGGAGAUGGCUGUCAUGGAGCCUGGCAUGGGUGGGAGGGUCGCUGGAAGCUCCAGGGAGGUGGGGCCAGGGGGGGUGGAGCCACCCAGAGAUGAGUGGCAGGAGGUGGAGACCCAGCCUGGCGUGACCCCCCCCACACCACAUGCAGACUGCAGGGGCCCCAACGCGGAGAGGCAGAACAGUACGGACUGGCACGCCACCAGAGAGGACCCAGCCCCCGGACCGGACCCCCCCCCCUCGCCAUCUUGAGCUGCAGCUGCAUGCACACGGAGAGGCCAAAACUGGCACCCUCUCUCCAGCGUGCGUCCCAUGUAGAGGAAUGCAAGGCUGAUUCUUAGAUGUGGCUUCAUUUAUUUCUUUAGAAAGACUGUGUGUGGUGGCAAGAAGGGUGAGCAAAGGGAAACACUGCCCCCCCACCCCCGUUUUUGCUGUGGGAAGUUGGGUCUUGGCAAGCUUUUCCAAUUUUUUAUUUUUUUUUUUAAAUGUACCUUCCUCACAGCACCCACAUUGGGACUUACCUCAGUGUGGACCGUGGGGCAGCGCUGUGGACGCAUUCUGGCCCGGAGUCCGCAGCCUAUUCGAUGAUUUGAGCGGAAAUCAGGUUGCUGGCGUUUAUCAAGGUGAUGCAAGAAGGUUUCUGAUCUGUGAACUGAGCAUAAUAAAGGUUUUGAAAUGUG